UUUUUGGGGUCUUUCAAUCUUCAAUAUCUCUUACACAAAGCGUGCCUUGACUAUGAAAAGUAUCCUGUAUAUUCUGAAUCAGGGAGGAUAGAGAAAAAUCAAAACAAUUUGUACUUGUUUUUUGUUGUUGUGUUUGUUGAUUAUUUUACUCCCUACAGAAUUUCUUCUGUAUAAUGGGAACCUGUUGACACCAUCUGUCUUUAACCAUGUCACAUGUAAAACCUCACAAUAUAUUGACCUUUGUCAUAGUAUCUGCCUCUCUGUCACUUACCCUCAAAUAGUCCUUCAGAACUAUUCCCACCACUCGUCAUAUUGCUGAGAUGGAACUCACUGGUAUGAAGCUGCCAAUGGCUAACUGAUCAAAAGUUCAGGUUGCAGAGUAGAGAAUAAAUUAUUUUGCAACGCUCAGAUAAGCAAUCAGUGUUGGGGUCAGAGGUUGUUAGAAUGUUGGGAAACCUGUUCCUUUAACUUAUUCCUUCUAGAGUCUGCCUCUUGGCUUGGCAAGUAUGUUGAGUACUUCUGCAGAAGAGACGAAACAUCUGGAUGAUCAUGGAUGAAUUCACUCCUUUAGACUGUCUGCUGCCUACAGGCACACAGAAAAUAUGUCUGAUCAUUCUCAACCAGCCUUUGGAAAAAGACAGUCUUCACACACUCUGGAGUAAAGACCUUCGUGCAGGCUAUCAAGUCAGCAUACUUAAUUGCCCUGCUGAUGGCCCAUCAGAGGUGGAUGAUUUGAGAUUGGUUGGCUUCCAGAAUAUUCACACCUGGCCGUUUGGCCAAUUAGCAGUUGUCUGGACUCAGCAGAGCUGUGGGGCUCUCCUGCGGGCGUGUGCAGAUGGUGCGGCCAACCACCUGUAUGACAUCACCGCUGGACAACAAGACAGUUUUCUUCCAGACUACAUCAGUGGGGACUUUGAUUCUAUUACUGCAGAGGUCAAAGCUUUCUACACAGAGAAGAAGUGUCGGUUGAUAGAGACCGCUGAUCAGGAGCUGACUGACUUCACUAAAUGUCUGGCCAUCAUGGUGGAGGAGAUCAAGAGACAACAGCUUCAGGUGGAUACUAUAGUGACUCUGGGUGGUCUAGCAGGAAGAUUUGACCAGACCAUGGCUUCAGUAGAGACUUUGUACCACGCCCUCAAUAUGACAGAACUACCUCUGGUGGUUCUACAGGGAUGCAGUCUGGCCUACCUGCUACGACCGGACAUGAGACACAGGUUGGGAGUGAAUACAGGACUGGAGGGGGAAUGGUGCAGUCUAAUACCUAUAGGAGGACCAUGCAAAACACACACCACUGGACUCAAAUGGAACCUGGACAACCAGGUACUGCAGUUCGGGAAGCUGGUGAGCACAUCCAACACCUACGAGCCUGUCGCCCAGGGAGACCAGAGGAAGCCUGUAACCGUGACAACGGAUCAGCCACUGCUCUGGAGCAUGGGCAUCUGCAGGGACAGGAAAUGACAUCAUCGACCAGGGUGCUCCACCUCCUUCCAGAAUGAACAAAUGGGUGUCAUUUAAAUAGGCUAAUGGUUUCCUCUCCCCAACUGGAAAUUCACGCUUCUGCUUAGUUGAAAUAGUGGUAAAAUGCCUCUUUCCUUCCUUGGUGAAGGAAUCUCUGAACGGUCACAAGAGGAAGCCACUUUAGAUUAUAGAUUCACCACUAGCCUAGAAAACUCUGUCCUGAUUCCAAACGGGAGACUUGCACCCUUCCCCUUGAAGACUUACCAUUGCAUAUCUGAGGUGGGGGUCAAAUCCAUACUUCUCAAGGGUGGAUUUUAGGGUGCAAGUCUACGGUUUGGAACUCAGCCCCAAUGUGCCUUCACCGUUGUCGCUUAACAAACAGAUACACAUUAUAUACAAGUCAAACAUAAGUCAAGCUGCGUAUUUCUUUGAUUUAUUAACACAGUCAAAUAAAAACAUUGCAAACAAUGUUUAAAAAAAAUGGCAUCCCUUCACUAUCCUCCACCACCACUUUUCCACAUUGCCCUGCUGCCAAAGGUCUCUGGUUAUUGUAGUUCUGUAGUUGUAGUUCUGUAACAUCUCCAGAGGUUAAACCGCCCCUGAGAGAGAUAAGAGAACUCACAAUAACAGGGCCACACAGAGGCUAAUUCAGUUUCUCCCCUUUACCCAAUAGUAUACAAUCAUCCACACCUCUUAACUGUAGUGGCAGAAAUGCUGUAUGCCUUAUGAUUUAAAAUAGUGUGUUUCACGCAUUCCAUCAAAUCAAAUAGAACUGCAAAACAUAGAUUGAUAUUAUCGCAGACCUACAUGCAUCUAUGCACAUAUCUUGAUAACAAAUGAAUCAUGUAUUUGGAUCUUGUAGACAGGUAGCAUUAGUGCACUUUAGAACACUGUAGUCAGAUCACCCAAAACCUAACCUAACCUAAAAAGCCAAAUGGACUGAACUUGAAUUGUUUUCUACCAAUAAUGUGCACAAUACAGUACUGACUGACUACUGUCCAACUGACUCCUGGUGUGUGUGUCCUGCAGUGUCUUGUCCUAUGUUGAAGGUGUGGUCCUACUUUCACAAUGUUAUUGUUGAAGAUGUGGAUGAGCUUGACAAAGAACCCGAUGAAGCUCAUGAUGGCAAACCCAAUCACUGUCGCCAUGGCAAUCUUCUGGAAUUCUAGAACAGAGAUCAAGAGAGAGAUGGUACAAUAAUAUUCUCUCGUCACAGAAUCAUGACAUUUUACAGACCUACAAUUCCAGAGAACUCCACAAGAACCUUCUUGAUCGAUGUGGUUCCAAAUCAACGUUUCUUUCUGAGAAAGAUGGAACUUUUGUCAGCAAGGCAAUGAUGACUGUUUUACAGGAGUUUUAUUGAAUCUGUGUUGAAGUUUUCGACGGUGGCCUGGUUUGGCAAUCUUAAUGUUUGCAACAAAAACAGGCUAGAUAGUGGUAGAGGUGGCCAGCAAGGUCAUCGGGAUGCAGCAGACACAGCUCUUAGACAUUUUUAGGAAGUAAGUGAUGAGGAGAGUUAACAGUAUCCUAGACUGUCCUAAUCACCCGGGCAUUGACGAUUUUGAGCUCGUCCCUUCAGGUCGUUGUUUUCAACUUCCCAAAUUCAAGAGCAAUAGAUCCAAGAACUCAUCCCACAGGCCAUAAACUUUCUAAAUCUACACAUGAAAAUAAAUAAUGCAUAUUUAUUGAUGCACGUUUGCACAAUGACUGCGCCUUUUAUUGAUUGUACACUGUAACCAAUCGCAUGAUGUAUAUCUGUUGUAUGGUUGUCACUGUUUUUAAAUGUUGUCUUUAUUGUUGAACCCUGACUGCACAACACAUUUCCCAACUGGGACAAUAAAGACAUUUGAUUGUUUGAUUGAAGGGGUUUAAAAUAUAAA